AUGAAGGCCCUGUCCCAUGCACAGCGAGCGCAGAGCGUCUUCUGCGGCCGUCCAGCGUCGAGCCGGCCGGUGCUUCACCGGACACCCGCUCGCGCCCCCACGGCGGCGGUGCCCCCGAAAGCGAUCUUCCUCGCGACCAUGCACAUAGCCCUCCCGAUGUACGCGGUCCUGGCGUCUCGUCCGAAGGUCCGGCCGUGGGCUGCGCGCGCCGUCGCGUCCCCUUGGCCGCACCUGUGUUUCGCGGCCCUCUACGUGGCCGCGCUGGCGUCGCCUGCGAUCGACUGGUCGUCACUGAGCAUGUUCACGCAGGCCGCCCUCCCCCGCGCGGAGUGGUUCGGGGCGUUGUUUCAGAACAGGGCGAUGUUCGCGCUGGCGUGGGUGCACCUCCUGGCGCUCGACAUGCUCCAGGCGAAGUACGUCGCCACAGACGGCCUGCGAAGAAACAUCCCCACCGCGCACUCCCUCGUGCUGUGCUUCAUGGUCGGGCCGCUCGGGCUGGUGAGCCACACCAUCACGUCGUGGAUCGUCGCGAGGCGCUCGGGCGAUCGCGCGCCGGGCCUCGGCGGAGCUGCCAACUGA